AUGAAUGAACCUGUCACUUCCAUCGGAAGGCUCCUUGUGGAGGACGAGGCAACACUUUCGCCUGGGACGCUCUCAAGCUCGGACGAGUAUGCUGCGAAUCCGCGAUUUCUACAACUUCAAGAAGAGCUGCGCUAUGUUCUAUUUACCGCCGCAGCUAGUCAUGCUCCCAGCAGGGCUGGAGGUGCUUCACCCCGACCAACCGACGUCGUGGAGGAGGCUGGGCCAGGACUCUUGAGAAACAGUCUUGACUUUGCCCAAGUGUCCAUUCCCAAGAUCAGAUUGAUCAAUUAUCUGAAGAACUGGAUCAUCGAAUGUGCACCCCAUUUGGACAAGUUCGACGAGGAAAGUCACUUUGGUGUUCACAUCCCCAUUCUCGCUCAGAGCUCACCCGCAUUGUUCUACGCCAUCUUGGCCUUCUCUGCCCGUCAAAGCGAGCGGAAGGCAUGCUUAGAGAAGUCAUAUGACAGUUUAGAGCUCUAUCAACAAUCAAUCCGUUUAUUGGGUCCGUGUCUUCAAGCUCGAGAUCCGGAUGUUCUGGUCACGGUCUGUAUCCUGGGAUGUCUGGAGUUGAUGUCCGUAAGUCCACGCGAUUGGAGACGGCAUGUUGAGGGCUGUGCGGCUCUCUUUGAUGCGUACAACGUUCACGGAUUUUCUGGAGGGCACCUACAGGCCGUUUUCUGGUGUUAUGCGAGAAUGGAGCUGUGUGGAGCCAUCAUCUCGGAUGGAACGGAAAGCACCAUUCUUCCACUUCACAAGUGGGUUCCUCCGCAGGAUGCGGAAUCUGAGGAGCAAAGAGAGGAAUUGAUCCGAGAGUUAUUUUGCGGUAAUGACUGUUCAAAUCCUGAUUUGCAUGCGAAUUGGGCUGUGUAUCUUUGCGCCAAGGCUUGUAACAUGGCGUGUCGGCAAUCCAGAUUCCUAGAGCUGGGAGAACUGGAUCAAUACGAUAUGAGGCCCUUCAUCCAUCAAUGGGUUCGGCUCUGGGAUGAGCUGCAGUUCUGGCGAGAGCACCGUUGCCCGGCCAUGCUCCCGAUCCGAACUACCACUACGGGAGGCGACCGGAUCUUCCCCGACAUUCUUUUCGCGCACUGGGCCGCAAUCUCUGGUAAUCAGCUGUACCAUACGGCCUGCAUCAUGAUGUUGCAGAUGAAACCGACCGGGACACCUCCAUUGCCGCCGAGCCCCCACUCGUCGGCGGUUUGGCAUGCAAGGAGAAUCUGCGGGAUCUCGUUGACAAAUCCGCACAGUGGCAAUCUCAUCAACGCGAUCCAGCCCCUGUACAUUGCGGGGAAGCUUUUAAGCCACCGGACCGAGCAUAUUACGGUGGCCAGGCUCUUUAAGAAAAUUGAGAACAGCACGGGAUGGGGUGCCCUGUGGCGCCUGAGAGAUCUGGAGCGGGCCUGGGGAUAUGACCAGGGAGAGAUUUUAUCGACUGUUUGA